AAGGAGCCAGAAGUGGGCAAGCCGGGCCGACGGUCUGGGCACCUCCCCGCGGCCCCCGGAGCGGAGUCCACUGGCCGGCUCAAAGGUAUGGCGCUGAUGGUGGACUUGGUGGGACCCGCACCCUGGGGCUUCCGCAUCUCGGGCGGCAGAGAUUUCCACACGCCUAUCGUGGUGACCAGGGUAACUGAGGAGGGCAAGGCCGAAGCCGCUGACCUCCGGCCCGGUGACAUUAUUGUGGCCAUCAAUGGUGAGAGUGCAAAGAGCAUGCUGCAUGCCGAGGCCCAGAGCAAGAUCCGCCAGAGCCCCUCGCCGCUGAGGCUGCAGCUGGACCGGCCUCAGGUUGCCUCUCCCGGGCAGACCAACGGGGAAAGCUCCCCCGAAGUGCUGGCCACUCGCUUCCAGGGCUCCAGGAGGACACACACCGACAGUCAGUCCUCCCUGCGGUCUUCCUGCUCCAGCCAGGCCUCCCUCAGCCCCCCGCCAGGCAGCCCCUUCUCCACCCUGCCCCCCGCCAGCCCCCAGGCCCCCGUGGGAGAGGUGGUGCCCAGCCACAGUUUCCAGAGCCUGGCGUACUCCCCAGAACCCACUACUGCUGACCACUUGUCCUACAGGGGCCGCCCUGGAAGCCAACAGGCCGGCCUGGGCCAUGCUGGCGACUCGGCUGUGCUGGUUCUGCCGCCACCGCCUUCCCCAGGUCCCCGUUCCUCCAGCCCCAGGCUCAGCGUGGCCUCGGAAGGGGAAAGCCACCUCCUGAGAGAGGACUCAGAAGUCUUCAAAAUGCUGCAGGAAAAUCGCGAGGCACGGGUGGCCCCCCGGCAGUCCAGCUCUUUUCGGCUCUUGCAGGAAGCCCUGGAGGCUGAGGAGAGAGGUGGCACACCCGCCUUCCUGCCCAGCUCGCUGAACCCCCAGUCCUCCCGGCCCACUUCCAGGGCCCUGGCCACCCCACCCAAGCUCCACACGUGUGAGAAGUGCAGCGCCAGCAUCGCGAACCAGGCCGUGCGUAUCCAGGAGGGGCGGUACCGCCAUCCGGGCUGCUACACCUGCGCUGACUGUGGGCUGAACCUGAAGAUGCGAGGGCACUUCUGGGUGGGGGACGAGCUGUACUGCGAGAAGCACGCCCGCCAGCGCUACUCCGCACCGCGCACCAUCAACUCCCAGGCCUGAGCGCCCGGCUGCGCUCUCAGACCGCCCUCCACUCUGUGGGCACCUCCGCACCCAGGCCGCGCCAAUAUCAAGUUGGCCUGGAAAGGCGAUGGGGACUGGUGAGGCCCCUUCCUCCUCGCUGAGUGAGGCCAGAGGCUAGGACCUGCCUGUGCUGCGGGUGAGGGCAGCCUCACCUUCCCAGGCCUCUGCUGGAUACUCUCGCGUCCCCCUGCUGGACAGGCUCUGCGUCAAAGUGCGAAGUGGGUGCUGCCUUGGACACCUUUGUGUACCAGGGGUUAAGCAGGCUGGGACGUGGAGAGAAGUAUCUGGAAGGAGAGGGCUGGGCCAGAGGCUACAGGUAUUCACUGUGUAAAGUUUUCAACAUACGAGCUCUAUAAAUAUAUACUGUACGUGGACAAAAUAAAGUAGGUGCCCCUCUUUUCUCUCCUUCCCUGCCCCAGCCCCUGGGGAUGAGCUUCUCCCUACCACUGGGUGGAGAGUCUUCCUACAUACAAUUUUUCUCCCCUCUUAUUUCCGCCUCCCUCAAACCUCCACCCUACCAGAUGCUUCACCACGUGACACUCCCGACUGAAGACACC